AUGCGAAUCGGGGGCCGAUCCAGGUCUCGCUUCUCCUCUUCCCCGCCCCGCUUUGCAGACGCGCGACCGCGGAGGCGGAGUUCCCACGAGCGCCGCCCCGCCUCGCCUCUCCCGCGGGUUGCCGCGAGGGGGCGCCCGAAGGUGCGCUUCUGCCGGCGCUGCUCCGCCUCCCGCGCCGCCGUUCCGGGAAGCCCGGCGCCCCCGCGGGGUCCCAGAGAGGGCCGGGUUCCGCUCGCCAGCCUCCGGGGGCCGCAUGGGGUGGUCGCCGGGAUGGCCGGCUGGGCGCCGCCGCAGCUGGAGGACUUCAUCCUGACCGAGAGGCUGGGCAGCGGCACCUACGCCACUGUCUUCAAAGCCUACAGGAAGGUAGGGAGGGGAAGGGCCCCGGUUGGGGGGCGCAAAUGCACCAGGCGCAGGGAAUCCGCCCCCCUGACCCAGAGGCCGCGGCGCGGAGCCUCCACGCCCGGGAGCAGCCUACCUGGGAGCAGCCGCGGCAGGGAGAGGACUUUCCCGGAAGCAGUUUGGCUGUCCGCUGUCGGAGGCAGGACGCAGGGGGGUCGAUAUUGGGCGUAGCACUAAAAGGAGACACCCGGAGUCAGGGGUCGGGAGAACCUCUGGCGCGCAGGAUGUUGCUGAACUUCGGCUCCCAGCGUCCCUGGCCCUUGGCCGUGCUUGCUGGGGCUGAUGGGAGUUGGAGUCCAACAGCAGCAGGAGGGCCGAAGCGUCCCCCAUCGCUGCCCUGCAUGGUUUGGGUCCCAGGUGUAACUUGACUGGUAGAGCAUAAAAUCCCUUCAGCAAAAGGUGGAUUCUUGUGGGCGCAUCCUUCACCCUAGCCUUAAUUUUUUGGGUGUUGGGGACUGUUCACCCACUCCAUGGCCAUCCUGGAGGUUCCUUGCUUGCAACACUGGUUAUUGGAUCCAGGGAUGGAGUCUGAGUCAUCAAAUCAGCUUUGCGGGGAAGGGGCAAUCAUCUCAGCAGUCUUUUAAGUAUUUGCUGUGAUCCUGUCCUGAUCUCAGUUGAUAUCCCAAUUUCUGCCCCAAGAUAUUCUCCUCUUCUCCAGCCUGUCGCGCUCUCAGCACUCAGAUAUGGCCCUUCAGGCUUAAGGGCUUCCUCCAGCCCCCAGCCCUCAGUGACCCUCCUUAGCCCUCUCCUUAAAUGUUUUCACCUGCCUGGAGUGAGCGUCCUUGUACCUCUUGCUCCCUUGGGUGGAGGGUGAAGAUCAAGGGAAUGUAGAAACUGCCCUGUCACACAAACCUGUGUUUGUUGCCCUGCCUGCUUUGGCCUCUGGCCUUGCCCAUUAGUGGCCCGUGGCCUCCAGAAGCCUCUUCAGAAGGGAAGGCGGUCCCUGAUGUGGAAAAGACAUCCCCUCUCCUGAUCUGAAGGAAUGCCCAUCUCCAUAUCAACUUCCCUGGACCUCGCAAGACCUUCCCUGAGAUUUCCACCGUCAGGUGCUUGUGUUGCUGACGUUCGUUUGCGUGGUGUUGCGUGUUCUUUUCCUGGCUAGAAGGACGUCCGGGAGGUUGUGGCCAUCAAGUGCGUCAGCAAGAAGAGCUUGAACAAGGCGUCUGUGGAGAACCUCUUGACAGAAAUCGAGAUCCUCAAGACCAUCCGCCAUCCGCACAUUGUGGAGCUGAAGGACUUUCAGGUGGGGAGGGGAGACUGGGCUGGGCUGGGGUGUCAGCCAGGAAGACUCUGGAGCCUCCAGCUGGAAAACUGGGGAGCUUUUAUUCCUCGGAUGUGUGACUCAUCCGAUAAGGUGGGGAACCUUUGGUGCUCUGGAUGUUGUUGAAAUUUGUGUACCACCAUAUCAUACAGAAAACAAUACCAAAGCAGUUUACAAUAAUCUCACUAUAUAAGAAAAACACAUUAAAAAUAUGAAAUCAGAGACUGUCAACUAACUAUUAUGGAAAGAUGUAUUCUGUAUUUCAUGCAUGAGCCUGGCAGAAUAGCAAAGAUUUCAGCAAGCGCUUAAAGGCUGAAAUGGAAGGCAGUCCUUAGCUUGGUUUAACAACCGACCUCUGGGAAUUGUAGCUCCAAGAGAGAAAUAGGGGUCUCCUAACAACGGGGUGUGGGUGGUGCUGUGAUCUAAACCACUGAGCCUAGGGCUUGCCGAUCAGAAGGUCGGCAGUUUGAAUCCCUGCGAUGGGGUGAGCUCCCGUUCAUCAGUCCCUGCUCCUGCCAACCUAGCAGUUCGAAAGCACAUCAAAGUGCAAGUAGAUUAAUAGGUACCACUCCGGCGGGAAGGUAAACGGUGUUUUCGUGUGCUGCUCUGGUUCGCCAGAAGCGGCUUAGUCAUGCUGGCCACAUGACCGUACACCGGCUCCCUCGGCCAAUAAAGCGAGAUGAGUGCCGCAACCCCAGAGUUAGCCACGACUGGACCUAAUGGUCAAGGGUCCCUUUACCUUUACCUUUACCUAGCGCCCCUUAAACUACAGUUCCCAGGAUUGCAGGGGGGGGGGAGAGGGAAACCGUGACUGUUUAAAAUGGUAGGAUAUUGCUUCAAAUGCCACCUCCAAAAGUCAAUUCCAAUUAUGAUCCUCACACCUGGAAAAUAAAAAUGCCUCUGCCCUUUGUUUGCAUGUGUCUACUAUGGGGGUAAACUGAAUGUCUCCUGGUGGGGGAGUUCCAUGAGCCACAAGAAUGCUUGCUUUGUGUCGCCUCCUUCCUGAGGAUUGCAGUAGAUGAGACACGUAGCAAGGGUGAUAGAUGCUCUGAACAAUUAAAGCCAUUUAUGUAUUAAUACUGAUUUGAGGCACCCACUUUGCUGACUCUUGAGAUUGACAGUGCAGUUCUAUUUGUGCUUACUCAAAAGUAAAUUCCGGAGUUUUCAAUAGGGCAUAUUCCCAGGUUGCUGUGCAUAGGAUUGCACUUAAUGGCAUCACCCAGCUGCUUCCACAUUUGUGUUGCAUUCAUAAGGACUAGGAACUUGCAGACAGAGGAAUGAACUUGAUGGAGAUAGGACAGGGUUUGUCUUUCUAGAAGCCUGAUAGCGCCUGUCUGCCUUUUAGUGGAACAAGGACUACAUCUACCUGAUCAUGGAAUUUUGUGCUGGGGGUGACCUGUCUCGCUUUAUCCACGCACGGAGGAUCCUGCCGGAGAAGGUGGCUCGCAUUUUCCUACAGCAACUGGGUAAGGAAUUAAAGGGGAAAGGAAAAGAAGGGGGGGGGAGAUCAUAGGUAGAGCAUCCCGUUUGUGCGCAGGAAGUCCCAGGGUUAAUUCCUGGCAUCUCCACUUUCAAAAAUCUCAGCCAUGGGGUUUGGAUUCAAACUGUGCUCACAAACAGACCUAUUUCGUCUGCAGAACGGCAAAACCAUUUGCAAAGAGAAAACAUCUAUUUGUGGGUGCAGCUCAAACUGUGCCUGCAAACUUUAUUUGGUUGGAGAACCAUGUUGCAAAAUGCAAAGAAGCAGGGAUUUUCAAAGGACCGCCGUUUCCCUUUACAUCUUGGCUCGAGAUGUGUGAAAGGAGGGAGUUGCAUUUUCUCCCCUAUCUCUGUGCCAGAGAAAGGAAAGGAAAUCUUGGAGACAGAAGAGUCUGUUUUUUUGGGGAGGAGACUGCUGGCUGGAGAGGGAUGCCCUGCCACCUGCAACACCACUGCUCUCUCCUGUUUGUCCCAACAGCCUGUGCCUUAAAGUUCCUCCACGACAAGAAUAUUUCCCACUUGGAUCUGAAGCCUCAGAACAUUCUGCUGAGCUCCUUGGAUAAGCCUCACCUCAAACUGGCAGGUUGGUGUGGGGCGGGGCGGGGCAGGGCUUGCCCCCCAGGCUCAGGGGGGCUUCUUUUGGGCUUUCAGGCCAGCGGGCUUAGGUGCUCCUCGCUCCCCACAUUAUUUUUUUCGUUCAUGUGCCAAUCUUUUAUUUCAACCAGUCAAUCCCAAAGGCUAGUAUUAUAGCCACACAGAGAGUCAGAGGUUCCCCGUGCCUUCUUUAGCCAUUUCGGUACACCUUUUGGAGAUAUUUUUAAUGUAUAGAAAUAGUUGGGAUAAAUCAUAAUAGAUACAGUGGUACCUUGGGUUAAGAACUUAAUUCGUUCCGGAGGUCCGUUCUUAACCUGAAACUGUUCUUAACCUGAAGUACCACUUUAGCUAAUGGGGCCUCCUGCUGCUGCCACACCGCUGCUGCACGAUUUCUGUUCUCAUCCUGAAACAAAGUUCUUAACCCAAGGUACUAUUUCUGGGUUAACGGAGUCUGUAACCUGAAGCGUAUGUAACCCGAGGUACCACUGUAAUGAUAAAAAAUUAAAAAUACCAAAUGCAACAAAGUAGAAAGCUAUAGCAAUACAGUCGCUGAUAACUGUAACGUACAAUAGGCUUGAGUAGGGCUAGCUUUCCUCACUCUGCAGCCAGCAGAAAAUCCUAGGGAGAUCUACUUUCUUUCACCAGCCUGUUCAAUCCCCAGUGUGGGAUUUCUUUUUUUUUUUUUUAAUAAUAUUUAUUAAAGUUUCAAAAGAAGAAAAAUCACAUUAAUAAAAAAAUUAACAAUAAAAAGGAAAAAUACAAAGUAGAAUAAGAAAAAAAAAAUUAAAAACAAUUCCAUCUUUCCUUCACUUCUUUUACGUUUACUUGUUUCCCGGACCUCCUCAUACCUCCCUCUUUUGUAUUCCAAUUCAAUUUGUUAAUCCAGCAAUUCCUUUCCCUCCUUUUUAAUCCUAAUCUUUAAUCUUGAUAUAUUAUAACAUUAAAUUUUUACAUAUUAAAAACCAAUUUUACCAUAUUCUUUUGUACCUAUACCGCUAGAAACCACUUAAUUUCAAUCCAACAUCAUUCUAACAUUCAUUAAUUUUGCAAUAUUUCUGUAAAUAGUCUUUAAAUUUCUUCCAAUCUUGUUCCACCCCCAGUGUGGGAUUUCUGGUUGCCUAUGGAUACCAGGCCAGUUGAUAAAUGCAAGGUUACUAUGUCAUGCCCGAUGACAGUUUUUCUGGGUCACCUUCCCCCUACCCCCCCCCCAUGCCAGAUUUCGGAUUUGCCCAGCACAUGUCCCCAAGAGAUGAGAAGCACGUGCUGCGGGGCUCUCCCCUUUACAUGGCCCCCGAGAUGGUGUGCAGCCGGCAAUAUGACGCCCGCGUGGAUUUGUGGUCCGUGGGGGUGAUUCUCUACGGUAAGUCCACCCUUCGGUUUUGAGGGGAGGUUGGGGCUCCGUCUUGACUUCCCAGGCGCUGGCUAAGCUCCAUGCUGGAGCUGAGAGGCUGCGCAAAAUGAAUUGGGAGGACUGAAUAAUAGAAACACAGAAUUAUGGAGCUGGAAGGGACCCCGAGGGUCAUCUAGCCCAACCCUCUGUAGUGCAGGAAUCACAGAAUCCCUGACAGGUGGCCAUCUAACCUCUGCUUUAAAACCUCUAACGGAGAUUGAAAUACCUAUUCUAAAAAACCCACACAUUGCAUAUUCUUAUGUUCUGGAUAAGGUGUAAUGGGAAUAAAAUGGCAGAAAGUGCUGCGUGUAGCUGUGAUCUCCAAUGGGCUGGAAUUUCAAUUGCUCUUUUGAAGUCCAAAGUAUACAAAGCCCUGCCUGUAUCAGGGUUCUCUAUUCCCCCUUUGCCAGCAUUGAGGGCUAGAAACUUAGCUCAUUUUUAAAAGAGAGAGAAGCAAGCGUCUAGUUCUGCCUGCAGUUGCUCUUGCCUAAUCUUACAUCCGCCUCCCUGCCCAGUUUCUGACUAAUAAUAAUAAUAAAAAAACUUUUUUAUUUAUAUCCCAGCCGAAGCUGGGCUCAGGGCGGCUAACAACAAUAAAAUAAUACAACAUUCUAAAAUCAUUUCAUUAAAAUUAAUUCAACUCAAAUUGAUGGCAACCAUUAGACUAAAGUUCUGUAAAGAUUGCCAAAGGAGGGAGUCAGGCUGUGCCCUGACCAAAGGCCAGCUGGAACAGAUCUGUCUUGCAGGCCCUGCGGAAAGAUGUCAAGUCCCGCAGGGCCCUAGUCUCUUGGGACAGAGCAUUCCACCAGAUUGGAGCCACAGCCGAAAAAGCCCUGGCUCUGGUUGAGGCCAGCCUAACCUCUCUGUGGCCUGGGACCUUCAGGAUGUUUUUUUUUGAAGACCGUAAGUUCCUCUCUGGGACAUACCAGGAGAGGCAGUCCCAUAGGUACGAGGGUCCUAGGCCGUAUAGGGCUUUAAAGGUUAAAACCAGCACCUUAAACCUGAUCCUGUACCCCUGUGCCCCUUCCUGCCUUCACUGGCCCCAAACGCUUCCAUUUUUGUGGAUGCUGGUGUCAGUAACUAUAAAGCUGACUCUGGUAUCCGUGGCUACUCGCCACAAUGGCCUUUUCCCCUCUCCUCCAUCGGAGGCUGUCUUGGGUUCUUGUGACAGUUGAGUGCUGCUGAGCAUUGGGGCUGCUGGGUGGUGGUGAUUCAGCCUAGCAUGCGACACACAUGUGGCUCCCUGUCUUAUUUGGGGAUGGGGGCUUAUUUCCCUUCUCAGAGGCUGUGUUUGGCCGGCCACCUUUUGCCUCCAAGUCCUUCACUGAGCUGGAGGAGAAGAUCCGCAGCAACCAACCCAUCGAGGUAACCUCGUGGCUCCUGGGGGUGUUGGUAUUUGUGCACUCCUGGGGAGGGACUGAAAGGAGGUUGCUUUCCCUGCCCUGCCAUCCUGACCCCAACUCCACCACCACCUGCCACCAGCUAUUUAAAGAUUCCCAUCACAGUUCUUCCAACGUCCUGCCAAGAUCGGUCCAACUUGACACACCUGUGGGGUUCAGUUUGCAGGCAGAGAUUAAUGUAACUUGGUCUGAUCAUCUCAAAAACGUCAUUCAGCGGCUUGGCCUGGUUCAAUCCAGACCCGGGGGAGGGGGGGGGACUGCUGUCAGGUAGAGUGUGAGGGAUUCUGCCUCCCCCUGCCCCUAAUUGGUCCUCAAACUUCUUGGGACUACUCCCUCCCCCCCUUGGUUCCACAGACUCACCCCCAGUGCCCUCGACCCCACCCUAUAAAAAGCAGUAUUCAGAAUAGCCGUUUGCAUGACCCACUAAGGAACGCAAUAAUACAAGAAAAUUCAAAACAGCAAUCGCUAAUUGCACAUAUAUCUAAAAUCCAAUUAAAAUAGUUUAGUUUAAUUAAUUCAACAAAUCUGGCAGUCAUUUACACCUCCAGGGUCCCCCUAGGGAAUCCCACUGCCUGGAUUAGACUGUAAGCUCCUUGGGGCAAGCACCUUCCUUUUCUCCUUUUGAAAAUACAUGUUAUUCUCUAGAGAGCCUCGCGGCUAUGAAAGUACCACCGUGUGCCAGUGGGCCCACAAUCCUUUGCGUGGCACUCCUGCGUCCAUGAAGGGAUUGCUUCCCCCGUCCCGUUUCCAGCUCAGCGCUGCUGGUGCCCCGAGGUGAGGUGAGGUUGGGAGCUUCUCUACCUGUGUCUCAGCCUUCUGCCUUGCCCCCCACAGCUCCCCAGCCGCCCCCGCCUCUCGCUGGAGUGCCGGGACCUCCUCCAGCGCCUGCUGAAGAGGGACCCCCAGCAGCGCCUCUCUUUCCAGGAGUUCUUUGCCCACCCCUUUGUGGACAUGGAGCACAUGCCCGGCUUGGAGAGCCUGGGCAAAGCGGUAAGAGGGCUAGAGAGAGCCUGCGGGGGGGGGGGAUUUGCAGGAUGUGGGUCUGGGUUACCAGUUGGGCACUGGAGCUGGUGAGGUGGGGGGCUGCCCUCUCCUCUGUAGGCAUGAGGGCAGCCAUCUGGCGACAUAGAGGGGAACCAUCUUCUGAAUGUGGGCAUAGAAAUGGGUCCAUUUCCCCAUCAGCCCAAACAUUACUCCCUGUCUCUCUUUGGGGGCAAGAUCUUGUUGAGAAUGCUGAUUCACAGAGGCAAGAGUUCCUGAACACAGAGGGACGCGCCUGUGCAAUUCCCUCCUCCAGACACUUAACACAGAGGAAGGGGGCCCGAGGGCCACAUUGCCUUCUGGGCAGCUUUCCAGGGGCCGCAUGCUGGCAGUAGGCAGCAGGUGGGACCCUCGGCUUUGGCUCACACCUGAAUUCACCUGUUAUUUUACAUACCUCUCUAUCCAGGCAAGCAAGAGGCGUCAGCUCCAAGUCCAAGGACGCUUUCCAGCCAAGCAGAAGCAUGGGGAGAGUGUGGGGCAGGACCAGGGAGUGGGGUGGCCUGGAGAGGGCCCUGAGAGCCUGAUGGAGAGGCUUGGAGGGCCACAUGUGGCCCCCAGGCCUAAGGUUGUCCAUCCUCCGCUUGGCCCAAGCUGAGCCUGCGCUUGGUCAUUGAACCAAUUCCCCUCUUCCAUUCCUCCUCUCCCGCUUUUCUCCAUCCUGUGCCUCUUCCCUUUGCAGUCGUCUCUCGUGACGGAAGCGAUAAAGAAGGACCAGGAAGGCGACGCUGCCGCCGCCCUCUCUCUCUACAGCAGGGCCCUGGAGUACUUCGUCCCCGCCUUGCGCUGUGAGUGGCCCAGAGGCUUUUAUUGUUCCCCUCUUUGCGAACCUGCCUUGCCCCACAAGUGCCGCUCGGCUGCUUAGAUUGGCAGAAGCAGCUUUGUUACAGGGGCCACAAAAUUUCCAUUCCGUAUUUGUAAUAAAUUGAACUUUUUAUGGUGGCAACUCCUACACUUUGGAACUCCCUGCCUGUUGACGUCAGGCAGGCACCUUCAGUCUACUCUUUUUGGCACCUGCUAAAAACAUUCUUGUUUAGACAAGGCUGCCCAGAUGCUUAGAAAGGUGGUGCAAGUAAAUCUGGGUUUAGUUUAUUGUUGAUUUUAAUUUUUUGAAAGUUUUAAAUUAUUGUUGUUAAAUCUUCUUAUUGGUCAUUUUAUCACCCUUUUUGUAAACUCCUUUGAGUUUGAUUUUUAUUUUUAUUUACAAUCAAGUGGUACAGUGGUACCUCUGGUUACAUACUUAAUUCGUUCUUAACCUGAAACUGUUCUUAACCUGAAGCACCACUUUAGCUAAUGGGGCCUCCUGCUGCUGCCGCGCUGCCAUCGCACAAUUUCUGUUCUCAUCCUGAAGCAAAGUUCUUAACCCGAGGUACUAUUUCUGGGUUAGUGGAGACUGUAACCUGAAGCAUAUGUAACCCGAGGUACCACUGUAUAUACAUUUUAUGAAAUAAAUUAAAUGAGAACAGCAUAUCUGUUUUCAUAUCCGGAGCUGCCUGCGUCGCCUGUCCCAAAGUCCACUUCUAAGAGGGGCAUCUCUUGCCCACGGCAGGUUGCAUUCCUGGCCCUGCCUUGCUCUUCUUCUGUCUUUGGUAAGCAAGCAGGACGAAUCACAGACCUCCAUCCGUCUUAAUCCCGUUAGGACCUAAAAUGAAUUGAUUUCAAAGGGGAAGAAGGGGGAAGACAGGUGUGGUCUUAUGCCCCAUCCUUGACCAUAUCCAUGGGGCAGGACCCAUGACAGGGGAUCGUGGCUCAAUUGGCAGUGGGUCCAUCACCUGGUGAGACUGAAGACAGCUGCCCCACUGUGCAAGGGCUUCGUGGAUCGCAGGGGAGAUGGGCACAUGCCCAAAGGGGAAGGGGCUGGGCCAGCUGGCUCGCCAGAAGUGGGCUGUCCCCAGGAAUUCCCUGUAGGAGUGCACAUGUCCAGAGUGUUGAGGCGCUCCCAAAGCAAAGGAAGGAUUAGACUCUGAUAAUGAAAAUACACACAGAGGCUUGAACCAGCAAGACUCUGGGAGGAGUGCGUAUAAUAAGAAUUCCUGCCCACCCUCCGGCCCAGGUCGUUUUAUUCACAAAAGAACUUUUUUACACAGUGUUCGUAAGAACCAAUCAGAUUUCCUCUGAGCAUUUCAAAAAACCCCACGUGGGACAAAGUUAGAUCAGAAGAAAUUCUUUUAACUACAAAGAAACUAUUUCCUACUUGAGCAUGCAUAUGUAGUUCAGAGUAAAUAAAAUAGGAAGCGAAGAGGAAUGCUUUUAGGAAGGUCAUAAACAGGAGUAAACAGUAUUUACCAUCUCCUUGUGAACUCUUCCUGGUCCUAAGAUUAACAAAACUAACAAUAGCUACAUCAAAGAAACUGCCUACUAUCUUUUAUGGCUCAGGAUGCCUGAUGAAGCAACUGGAACUGGGCUGUGUACGUGACUUGUCAAGCAGAGAGAAAUGGACAGUAGAGGAAAUGGCCAGAGAUGCAGAGGGUUGUGGGAUUUGAUCAGAAAUUACUGUCAAUGAAUCGAACCCAGUCGACGCCAAGCUUUCAUAGCAGACACAAUGGCUUGAUGCAUAUUUUAUAAUUCCUCAUAGUAAUCCCAUCUGAUCCCCACACUCUGGACAUGUAUACUCCUACAGUUCCCCUCCCCAGGAUCUUUGCAAGGCCUCUGAAACAUGGGGGAGUCUCUCCAUCUCUGAGUCUGGGAGGAGGGACUCUGCUCUGAGCAGGAGGGGCUUCUGCUUGCUUUGCCUACUCCAACCCCCUUCAGACACGGAGGCUGGUUGAUGUCCGUCCGUCUCCCUGAUGCAGCUCAGAGCUGACGAUGGGAAACAGGGAGUUGUACUGGGACAGUUUCCCAUUUUCUUCGCUCACUCCAUGGACUUUCCCCUUCUCCCUAACCUGCCUCUGUCUUGCCACCCUCAGACGAAGUCGAUGUCCGCAGGAAGGAGGCGAUCCGAUCCAAGGUCAGUCCUCCUUUUCAACCAGUGGGAAAGCUGUGAAUUGGGGCACCUUUGGGCCGAACUGUAAAUAUUGGGUGGGUGCAUGAGGUCAUGGUCAGGGUUCAGCCAAUGAGGGAGCAGAGCAGUGGCGGCUGGUGCUCAUUGGGCAGAAGGCUGGGCGGUCAACGGUAGGCGGAGCCCAUGACAGGCGGAGAUUUGUUCUCGUUUUGACAGACUUAGCCCAAGGGCUGCUCAGAAGAGCCGGAAUUCAGUCUGAUGCCUUGGAAUCCAUGUCAAGCCCAGGCUUGCAGGCCUUCCUGAGAUGUCACACCAACAGAACAUAAGCAGAGCCCUUAUGCUGGAUCCGGCCAGUGGUCCAUCUAGUCCAGCAUCCUCUUCUUGCAGUGGCCUGCCAGAAGCCCCCAAGCUGGACCUGAGCCCAGCAGCACCUCUCCCUGCUUGUGGCUCCAGCAACUGGCCCCCAGGAACAAGCUGCCUUGGGCAGUGAAGGUAGAAGAUAACCUUCAUGGCUGGGAGCCGCAGGGCUGGUGCCACAAACAAGAAGGCCCUGGCAAUGCCUGCUUUUCUCUUGUACCACUGAGAAUGAAAUUUCGUGACUGUGUCGUGUUGUUUCCUUGUGCUUAGGUGAGCGAAUACAUUUCCCGAGCAGAGCAGCUCAAAGCACUGGUUGCUUCCAACAACAAGGCCCUCCUUCAGCAGGGCUGCCCUGCCAGGGACAUCUUGAAAGGUAAUUUCCAGAGCAGAGAGCCGAGUGGGGCACAGGGGGCGGGGGGCAGGGGUCUUGUUUUUGAGAACAGCAGCCAAGAGCACUCUGCACUUUUUAACAUGUUUUUGUUAGGAAAUAGGAGUCAAACCAAAAGGCCCGAUAGCUCCUUCACUUCAGGAAUAUAUGAAAAAAUAUGGUUCUGGAACUGGAAUAUUAAUAGAUACCGUAUUUUUUGCACCAUAACACUCACUUUUUUCCUCCUAGAAAGUAAGGGGAAAUGUUUGUGCGUGUUAUGGAGGAAAUGCCUACAGGUGGCAUGCCUACGGAUUUUCCUCCUCUAAAAACUACAUGCGUGUUAUGGUCGGGUGCGUGUUAUAGAGCGAAAAAUACGGUAACGUGUAAAACGUGCAGGGGUAAGCAAGGAAAUAAUAAAAGAAUCAGCUGAACAAUGAUUAUAUUAUAACAACACGACAAGACGGAAGAAGAAGAAAAAAGAGAUCACACAUGGGUGAAGGGGAACAGGGGGUAUAGGGGAAUUUGAAAUUUAUAAUAUAAAAGCUUUAAUAUAAAAUUUCUAACUGCGUUGUAUUUGUUUACAGCAAAGAGAAGUUUAGAGUAAUUAGCUAUAUUUUAAUUUAGUUAAUUAUGUAAUAGGUUUAUGUUAGAAAAUGAAUAUGGAUGUUGAUUUUGAUGUUUGUAAUUUUUCUUUUUUGGAAAUAAAAAAUAAACGUAAAAAAAAAAAAGGCCUGAUGGCUCAUUGGCAAGUCAGUGCCUGACAUCCUGGAGAGUCAUUGCUGCUAGGCAGUUUAGAUAAUACUGAACUGGAUGGAGCAAUGGUCAGACUCAGCAUAAGGCAGCUUCCUGGUUCCUAAAAUGUCGCGCUGCUGAGUGUUCCUGUUCCCGAUCCUCAGCCUUGUACUCCAGUCUGUUCUUCCUGCAGCCAAGUUUUCACUCCUCCACCCCAAGUCAAUAUUUUGUGUCCGCUGAACGUAUUCGGUCCCCGCUGGGCUGUUAAUGGGGUUUCCUUUUCCCAAAGGUUUAUUUUAUAUAUUCCUGCAGGAAUCUGAGGAUUCGCAUCAGCCUGCUGGUUCUCCCUCCUUGGCACAGCUGCUGUUGUUUCAGCUGAUAAGAACUGGCAGUGAAAAAAUUGAGGUCGCUAUCGGUAGAUAUCAGGUGCAGGGAAUAUUUGACCCUGCAAAUGUUGCUGAGCUGCAACUCCCGUGAGCUGCAGCCAGGCCCAGCCACGGCCAGGGAUAAUUAGAGUUGUAGCUCAACAACAUCUGGAAGGCCAAAGGUUCCCUCACCUGGUAAAUGUGACGAUAAUGCCCCACGUGUGCAUCACAUGUAAAAGAAGAAGAAGAGCAAAGUCCCUUCCCCCUGUAGUGCUUGCAGUUUAAAAUUUGGCAUGGGGAAGAGAACCAAAGUUGUGGGGAGCGAGAUGGAGGCGAGGUUAAGCGGAAAUAAGUAGUAAAUUCAGCAGUAGGUAGCUGGGCUUCCUUUCAGUCAGGGAUUGUGGCUAAGGCAAGGAAGAGGCUUCCAGGUAUGUUUCUAGACUCCAACUCCCAUCAUCCCUGAUCAUUGUUCAUGCUGGCGGGGCUGAUGGGAGUUGGGGAGGGCGUAGUUCUCCCAUUCCGGUGCUCUCUUCUCUGAAAGUUUUAUGGGCUACUAGGGAAUGCUGUCCAAAGUCAGUCUGUGAAUGCCUUUUGUCUUUACAUACAUGCUGUAGAAGCAGAGCCACACCUAUGCUACGGCCAUCAGCAAUUUCCUAUGGCUACAGCCAUCAGCAAUAUUUUGCUGCUGUUUCUAACAGCUAAGAAGCCUUCCCUUUCCAAUCUCUUAACUGCAUGUGCUCAUUGAGUUGUUUGCUUGCCUCUUCUUGUUGCGCUCUCACUUGCCAGGCACUUCCAGCCCUGGUCUCAUCCUUCCUGUAGGACACACAGCUGCUGGUCUCAUUUUACAGAUGGGCAAGUUGAGGCAACCUGUGGCUUAACUGUGUUGCAAACUACUUAGAGAUUUUCUUUGAAAUAUGAAGUAGUAUAGCGAACCAGGACCACACCAGUGAGCAGGCACCUGGACUGGAACCUCUUCCUGUUAGGUUUUUUACUUGCAGGCGGGUGUGUUUGAGGGGCUGUUGUGACUUGCAGAAGUUUCGAAAGUGCUGCCCUCUCCUCUGCUUGCAGCCCGAAGUGGUACAGCCUGCUCCAUCCUCACAGGACUCUACCACCUUGCUUUGUUGCAUCUGGAUACCGCUUGGCCUUGCACAUGCUGGGUCGCACCCCUUUUAAUUUAAUUUAUUUUUUCUGCAGAGAUGUCCAGGGAUAAGCCUCGCCUCUACGCUGCUCUGGAGGUGGCGUCGGCCGCUGUUGCUAAGGUCAGUCACCAGAGGGGAGCAGAGAGUUGCUGAUUUGUCAUUGACCCCCAACCUCUGUCCUGAAAUGAAAACUGGAGUCUAACAUUGCAUUGCCUUCCCCGUCUUUGGAGGCAAGGGAGUGUACCUGUCCCUGGGGAGGGACGGCAUGGAGGAGAGGGCAGUUGAUGGCUGCUGCCUCCACGGUCAGAGGCAGCGAUACUUAUGAGUCUCAGUGGCUGGAACCCACAGGAGGGGAGAGAGCUGCUCUUGUGCAUGAUUCCUGCUUGCACAUUUCCCACAGACAUCUGGCUGACCAGGGCGAGAGCAGGGUGCUGGAAUAGAUGGGCCUCCACUGACCUGAUCCAGUUCUCGCAUUACAUUUGUUAGGGGGAAGAUGGCUGUUUGCUCCUUUUUGAGCACUGAGGCCUGACGGAGCUGCUCUGUGUUUGUCUUCCAGGAGGAGGAGGGCAAAGAUGACAGUGAAACCCUUGAUCUCUACCAGCAGAGCCUGGGGGAGCUGCUGCUCAUGUUAGCUGGUAAGGAGGGGGCAGCUUGUGGUGGGUGGGGGCUUAAUGGGGGUGUAAUACAGGUAGCAAGGGACGCGGGUGGCGCUGUGAGUUAAACCACAGAGCCUAGGACUUGCCGAUCAGAAGGUCAGCGGUUCGAAUCCCUGCAAUGGGAUGAGCUCCCGUUGCUCGGUCCCUGCUCCUGCCAACCUAGCAGUUUGAAAGCACGUCAAAGUGCAAGUAGAUAAAUAGGUACCGCUCCGGCGGGAAGAUAAACGGCGUUUCCAUGCGCUGCUCUGGUUUCGCCAGAAGCGGCCUAGUCAUGCUGGCCACAUGAACCGGAAGCUGUACGCCGGCUCCCUCGGCCAGUAAAGCGAGAUGAGCGCCACAACCCCAGAGUCGGCCAUGACUGGACCUAAUAGUCAGGGGUCCCUUUACCUUUAAUACAGGUAGCAAAACCAACCCUGCUCUAGUAAAAGCCCUUUCCUUUAAAUAAGGAUUCCGUUCCCCAAAGCCUGCAGGAAUAAAACUAAUUUCACCUGUUGGCGGGAGGACAUCAAGGAGGGAGCCAGUCCGGCUCCUCUAGGGAGGGAGUUCCAACGUUGUCUAGCAGCAGCCACCACCAAGAAGGCCCUUUCCCACAUCCCCACCAAGCGUGCCAGGGGACGACGACGAGAGAAGGGCCUCUGCGUGAGAUCUCUGGGCGAGGCUACAUGUGGGAGAAGACAGUCCUUCAGAGAGCCUGGGGCUAAGCCAGAGAGGGAUGUGUAAGGUCUCCUGUGCAGUCUAACCCCACCUUCCAGGAUUGAUUGAUCGAUUGCACUUCUCUGCCACUUUCCAUUCAGUCAAAUCCUAAAGUAGCUUAUCAUGUACAACGUAAGUCAUAUUAAAGACUUAACAAAUCAUCAGCAAAAGCAACUACAGUCCAUAAAACACCAUGAGCAAAAACAUGCUAAACAUCACAGUUACAGCAUAAAUCAUAUUCUAUGGUUUCCUUUCCUUCCUGCUUCCAGCUGAGCCUGCGGGAAGGAGACGGGAGUUGCUUCAUGCUGAGGUCUGUAUCCACCUGGUCCCUGGAGCUGUGCUUGGUCCCUUUGCUGCUGCUGUUAUUUAGAAGUGGGGGAGCCCUGCAGGAUGUAUUUGGGGAGCCAGGGUGCCCAGCAGGGGGCACUAAAGGGCGCAGGCAGCAGAAUGGACGUGGCUCAGCUGUUGUGGACCUGCAGCAAAAUGUUGCAGCGUGGGACACUCCCGGUCUAAGAUUCUAGUCGCUCCAUUCUACCCCCUGCAAACUUCAGUCAGCAAUCUGUCACUUCUGAGCCCCCGUUGAGCUUUUUUGGGGUUCCGCACCAUCAGGGCAUGUUUGCCCUGCGUUUAUACUUCUGCAAGCCUUGGGGAAGCCUGCUGCCACAGUUCCUCGCGAUUAGUGCCAGUUUGGCUACAUAAAUGAUUGGCACUCACAGCUUGGACAUUGGAAAUAGAAGGAAUUGUUAUAUGUAUGUUGCACCACCUUUUCUUCCGUGGGAUUCGAGGUGCCUUGCAGGAGGGUUUCCAUGUGGUUUGCCUUCCUGCGUGACCCUCCUUUGAACUGUGGCUCCUUCUUCUUCUUUCCUCCUAAUCUGACCGAGUGAAUGACUGUUUGCAGAUCCAGACACUGAUGGGCCGAGCGGAAUACCUGAAAGAGCAGAUCAAGGUACAGGAGGGCACUUUGCGUUCUGUGGGGGCUGCAGUGAGGGCACACCUGGGCAUCACGGGGCUGGCAGAGGAGGCUUGGCUGCGGCAGGGCAUGGAAAAAUAGAUUUGGGUGGUUUAUUGUUUCAUAAGGUUUAUACACUGCUUAAUUGAUUUUAAAAGCAACACAAACCCAGACUCAAAGCAAAGAUAAUAUUUUCUGAAGAUUGGCUGAGUCACUGUAGGCUCUUAAGUGCCAUAGAGUUGGAAGACCCCUCCUAAUGCUGGAAUCUCAAGUAAAGCAUCCUUUGCAGAAUCCGUGCUGUGGGAGCAAGGUGGCCUUUGGGGCUCCGUUCCUGCCUGGCGUGUGCUUGGUCCCUGGGCUCGCUUCCCAGAGAAGCUCACUGCCUUUGGAAGAAGGGCCUCCUUGGAAGCCCCUCUUGGCCUGGUGCAGGGGGAGGGGGUUGACAUUCGCCUUGUUAGCUGGUGGGAGUUGGGUGUCCCCAGAGGGCCACCUGCCCCCUACCUGUCACCUUCUGGAGAUCCAAUUCCGGAGCCCAUUUCUUUGCGUGUUCAGAGGCAGCAGGCCAUUGGCUGACAGCUCUGGAAGGAGGAAGGAGGCAGGGAUUGGGAGCAGGAAAGCACUGUUGCCUUCACAUCCUUCUUCAGAGAGCCAGUGUGGUGUAGUGGUUAAGAGCAGUGGACUCGCAAUCUGGUGAACCGGGUUCGCUUCCCCGCUUCUCCACAUGCAGCUGCUGGGUGACCUUGGGCCAGUCACACUUCUCUGAAGUCUCUCAGUCUCACUCACCUCACAGAGUGUUUGUUGUGGGGGAGGAAGGGAAAGGAGAUUGUUAGCUGCUUUGAGACUCCUUCGGGUAGUGAUAAAGCAGGAUAUCAAAUCCAAACUCUUCUUCAAGAAUAUGCAGGUCCUUUUGAAAUACUUUAAAUAAAUAAAAUCUUCCCGGCUUCCUGGCUCAUUGGGCCGGCUGCUGCAUGUGGGGCAGAAUAGUGGCCCCUGUGGACUUUGGGGUCUCACCCAGCAGGAUUCUUCCUCUAGCCCUGCUGUCUAAGUGGAGUUUCCAUAUGCAGAAGCAGCCUACCUCUGAAUGUUAGUUGCUCUCUCUGUGUCUGUAUGGUACUCCAGUGGGGGAGAGCUGUUGCCUUCCUGUUCUCCUCAUGGACAUCUCAGAGGCCCCAAUGGAAACAUGAUCCUGGUCUUAGAUGGGCCCUUUCUCUGAUCCAGCCAGGCCCCUCUCGCGCCCUCAUGGAGAUCAGAGGAGAUGACCCACCUCACUCCUCUCCCUCUCUUCCUUCUCCUUUUCCUCCAGAUGAAGGAGUCGCAGUGGGAAGCGGAAGCCAUUGGCAAGGAGGGGAUGCUGGACUCUGUGAGAAGCUGUGAGUGCCCGUUCACUUCCUUACCAAGUCUUGGCUGGGUUCUGUUGGCGUUCUUUAUUCAUAGACUCAUAGAACUGUGGGUCCCCGAAGGGGUGUCUAGUCCAACCCCUGCAGUGCAGGAGUCUCAGCUAAACAAUCCCUUACUGUAUUUCAUAGAAUCCUAGAAUGGUAGAGUUGGAAGGGAGCACAAGGGUCAUCUAGUCCAACCCCCUGCAGUGCAGGAAUCUUUCACUCAACCUGGGGUGCAAACCCAUGAUCCUGGGAUUAGGAGUCUCGUGCUUUACCGACUGAGCUCUUCCUCAGGGUUAUCAUAAAAUUCUUGCCUCCCAAAGCAUUUCACAGCAGAUAUUUAUACUUUAAAAACCAGAAAGUGACCAUCCAUGGCUACUAACCCUGACGGCUUUGUUCUGCCUCCUGCUGGCUACCUUUUACCUCCACGCCCAGAGGCAGGAAACACUUCUGAAUCCUAAUUGUUGGAAACUGCAGGAGAGGAAAGUUGCCCUUGUGCUCAGAUCCUGCUCGUGGUCUCCCCACGGGAAUCUGGCUGACCCCUGUGAGAGCAGGAUGCUGGCCUCAGUGACGGGACACGGGUCAGAUCCAGAUGUAGGUCUCUUCUUGCAUACUUUCAUGCAGGACCAAUUUUCAUUUUUGUAUAGCUGUUCCCGAAAGCAAGCCAGAACGAAGGCUCAGUAAAGGCCAGGCAUCCUCUCGCCUCCCUGGGAGAUUUGUACAAGCAAAUUGGGGCGAAUGCUGGACUGAGCAGGCCUGGCGCCCGCUGGGACUUGCAGGGAGGCAGCCAGAGUUCAUGAGAGGUGGAGCUGGCUAAUUCUAGCUUUGAGUCUACAAGGGGCAGCACUCAUAGAGUUGUAGCAUUGUAGCUGUAGCAUCACAAGUGAAACAUCCUGGACAGCAGGCCACUGAGACUAAAGAGGAGGCUGACCACCAUGGCCACGUACCUGGGCUAGUUGGAAAGUAAGAAAAGAGGCAGGUGUAGGCUGACCGAGAGUGGCGAGGCAGUGUGCCCUUCGCCCAAAUGGCCUCCGCCGAGCAGGUGAGCCCUGGGGGAGCCCAGAGAGACACAGAGCUGCAAUCCUGCAGCCCAGCCCAGUCUCCCCACUUCCGGGUUCUGGCCCUGCCUGCCUCCUGGUGCCUGCGACCACCGACGCCUGCCCUCCCAAGCGAAUCUGCAGGCCGGUUUCGAAAAACAAAGUUCCCCCAUCCCUGCUGCAGGUCAUCUGGGGUGAACAGUUUGCACAUGCGCACAUGUGCUAUUUUGAGUGGAAGGGAAUGGGGUCAAGCGCCUCGUGCAGGUGUGCAAACGAUACUUUUAUUUUGCUUAAAGUCUCAGUUGAGGGUUGAGUCUGCAGACUUCAUAAGAUGAAAGCAGGGGUUGCCCAGCCCCCCCCCCAGUAAGCAGGACUAAUUUUUCCAUUGCAGGGGGGCUGGGUGUGUGGAGAGGGAGAGUAGGGUGGGCAGAUUGUGUGUGGGGGUGUAUGUGUGUUACUAUAUAGACAAAAACUAUAGGAAUGGCAGAGCCCCCAUUUCAGUGUUCUGCUGUGCUAAGUGGAGUGGAGCAAAAUCCUCAUGGGGGAGCAGAUCAGACACAGCAGGGCUGUCUGUGAGGUUUCGGGGGGGGGGGAGGUGGCCGCAUAGUUCCUCCUUCCCAGGGAGGCAGGAGAUCUUUAUGUGUGUCUCCUUCCAGCUUGGGUGGGGUCUGCAAGUCACCCCUCCCCUCUUCCCCUUUUGAGCUUGGCUGGUUAAUUGGAAUUAACUGCCCUGUUGGUCCUCUCUCCCCACACUUUCUUUCCCGCAGCUGGGCCUCAGGAGCAUUGGUCGUCCCCAGGGGAAGAAGGGGCAAAGAGACCUUUUCUUCUCCCUGCCAAAUGGCCUGGAAACUAUAAAGCCUGGGAGCAGGGGCCGUGUCUGUCCACCCAGGCAUUUGCACGCUUAUUGAAUCCGGGGGGCGGGGGGGGCGGGGAGUCCUCACUCUGUUUUGCCCAGGGGGGUGGGGGGCAGGCAGGUGUCCAGAAGGACCCAGAGAGACAAUCCUUUGAAGUGGGGGGGGGGGAGGAGGAGAGGGGAAAUGCUUUCCCCAGGAGCAGCCACCAUGCUAGGCAAGCAACAGUAGUGGGGAUUUGCUUUUGUUAUUAUUUCUAUCAAAGCAAAAUGCAUUUUAGUUUGGGGGUGGGGGCAGAAACGCUCAGCCUCACAUUUGACACGGAAAUCUCCCCAGAGGCUCAGAGGGCGCGUUUUAUGAUGAUGAGGAUGGUUUAUCGUUUUAAUCCUUCAUCUUUGCUUGCCGUAAGCUCCUGAGCCUGGGAGAAGUCAAAUGAGGUAGAGGGGGGUCCUGGCUGGCGGCAGGACCUUCAUUCCCGGCCUGAGCUUGUGAAUGGGCUUCCUGGGCUUAGUGAUGUCCCCUUGCCAAGUGGCUGCGUGUCAGUUUCACAAAAACACCCCAGGCUGACUUCUCUGGUUCAUUCCCUAAUCCAACAAGGUGCAACAGUUAAUCACAUAAAGACAUUUGCAUUCUGCAUCGCAGGGGGCUGGACUAAAUGACUCUUAGUGUCCCUUCCACCUCUGCCAUUGCUACUUUCCCCUUCCUCUACAGCAGCCUUCCCUGUCUAUUUGUUUUUGGUUUGGUCACCAUGGGCAGGCAGUAUUCAGUGCCAGUCCUACUCAGAGUGGACUCACUGAAGUUAAUGACGAGGGCUAACUUAGGACCAUUGAUUUCAGUGGGUCUACACUGAGCAGGGCUUAACAGUCCCAUGGCUUUCUUGGCCGGGGUGGUGGUGGUAGGUAGCUAAUACAGACUUAAAAGGGAAGCCUGCUUCAAAACAUUGUUGUGUAAAGACACACCUGCUUAUGGUGAGAGUCAGCCAUGCCCUUGUGCAUGACACUCCGUUCUGUACCCAUUCCUCCUUCAAUGUUCCCACAUUCUGUGAGUUGCAGCCAGGCUCCCCCAGAUGUGCUGUUUUUCCCCCCAGGAUAAUCUUUAUUGGUUUUUUGAUUACAUACUAUACAUACACAUACAGUCAUACCUCGGGUUACAGACGCUUCAGGUUGCGUUUUCUCGGGUACCCAGAAGUACCAGAACGGGUUACUUCUGGGUUUCGGCGGUCGCGCAUGCGCAGAAGUGCUAAAUCGCUCUUUGUGCAUGCACAGAAGCACCAAGCUGCAACCCGCACGUGCGCAGACGUGCCGCUGCAGGUUGCGAAUGCUGUGGGUUGCAAGUGUGCAUCCCGCACGGAUCAUGUUCUCAACCCAAGCGUCCACUAUAUUGCAUUACAUUUUACAUUUAUACUUGCUCCUAGGAGCAGGUGUGCUGUGUUUCAAGGAGGGAACAAAGGGAGGAAGAGGAGAAAAAACCUCCUUCUUGCAGGAAAGCAAGUAUGUCAGGGAGAUCCAUUUGGCCCUGAGCAGAGCAGCUUUCCACAUACAGAGCUGUUCUUGAAAUAAUCAUUUACCCCUUAUUAAACUAAUGAUUAUAAAAUAACAGUUAAAAUUUUGCCUCAAAUUUUACUGCCCACGUCUUGAGCAACAGCGGGGAGCCUCAGGCCCAGGAGUUGGAUGUGGCCCUCCAAGCCUCCCCGUCUGGCCCUCAGGGACUCUCCUGAGCCACAGCCUCCCUGGCCCUGCUUUGCACCUGGCUAGAAUGUGCCCCUGAACUCAGAGCCCCUUCCUUCUCUGGGGAAACUUGCAUUAACUGCUGGGCCUGCUUUCCCCCUGGCUUCGCCCACCACUGACAUGCGGCCUGUAAAAGGUUGCCCAGAAGGGAGCGUGGCCCUCGAGCUAAAGAAGAGUCCCCUGAGAUUGCUGCGUCUGAUUUGAAAGUAGGGAUUUUCGUUUUCAAACAAAGGUGUGGAUUUAUUUGGAUGCUAGUCAGCCUCUUUGUGUUUUCUCUUCUGCAGCCUGUACCUUGCAGUAG